GGUCGAUGAGGGGCUCAUUAAAACAAGGCGUGGCAGCAUCUUUGUGCCUAGAUGGGGCAAGUUACGGGAGGAGGUCAUGAGGUGGUGUCAUGACUUCAUGAUUUGUGGCCGUCCAAGUGUGAGGAAAAUGAUGGCAAUGCUUGGACGAGAAUUCUAUUGGCAUCACAUGGUGACGGAUGUCAAAUGGUUUGUGAGGACUUGUGUGGGGAAUCAUAGAGUGGAUGGUGAUUCUCCAAGGGAGGUAAAUUCUGAGGGACGUUCUCAAUCUGCACCGCAGGAGAGAAGACCAUGGACGUCUAAGGUGCGACUUCGUGGAGACGCGACGAGGGCGUCGCGAGAAUAGCUGGGGGAGAAUGUCACGACUCUUCCCAUGCCUCCCUAAAAUCCAAAUAAUUUUGUGAAGGAAGAAUGGUGGGACAGCCCUAUGGAGUGCCAAGGGGCGACUGGUGGCAGCAGCUGCGGGGCAGGCAGUUGGCUGGCCAACGGGCAGUUGGCAGAUUCGUGGUUGGCCAGCGGGCGUGGUUGGCCAGCGGGCGUGGUUGGCCAGCGGGCGUGGUUGGCCUACGGAUACGGUUGGCCUACGGAGCGUGGUUGGCCUACGGAAGACUGGUUGGCCUACGGAGCGUGGUUGGCCUACGGAAGACUGGUUGGCCUACGGAUCUGUGCCAGGCGAGGUCCAAUUGGCAGAUCGGGCUGGAAGGCGCACGCAGCUUCCAGAAGCAGCUGGGGCGCGCGGGAAGCUGCCAGGAGGUUCUGGUUGGCCAACGAAAAUUCCAGGGGAGUCUGGUUGGCCUACGAAAAUUCCAGAAGGCACCAGAACGGGCCAGUAGCACCCAGAAUUGGCCAGAGACAGCCAGAAUUGCCCAGAAUUGCCCAGAAGCUUCCAGAAACUGGUUGGCCAGCAGAUUCAACCAAGCCAAGUGGGUCCCACAGGCAACUCAGCCACCAUGUCCAGAAUUCUCUACAGGGUGUGAAAUUACCAAAAAGUCCCUGAAACUUCUAGAGAGUAAAUAUUAGCCACAUGUUGGAGAAUGCAUCUCCACCACACAUUAAGGAGGUGGGAUGCCUAUAAAUAGCCACUUAGGGAGUUCAUUUGUACAUAGAGAAGAGAAGAAGUGAGAAAGUGAGAUACCAAAGAGUGUACAAAACCUUGUAAAGCUUUCUUUGAGCAAUACAAAUUUCUUCCUUCCAUCAUCA